ACAUGCAGGUGGAGCCACCAAUAUGGCCACCUUUCCUCAAAAAGCCGAUUCCAGCCAACCCAACUGCUGAAUUUCCACUGAUUUUCCAGAAGUCCUCGUUUCUGCUGCUCUUUAAAUAGGAACUCAUUUUGACUCACUGCCCACUCUGCUGAUUAUUUAUUGUUGAUGGGGUUGCUGCGAAGCAGUUGGUGGCUUAUUCUUGGGCUGUUUUUACAUUUAACCCAUUUUCUGGCAUUGAUGUUGCCUCCAAUUGUAGCAGUAACACUGGUGGUACAGUCGCGAGCUGGCUAUUGGUUGUCAUUCAGUGCUAUUAGCACCAGUGCCUCCUUCCCCCCACCCUUCUUUUCUGUCCUCUUUGCCGUAAUCCAUGAACACCUUCCUGGGAUGUUCAGAGGGACAUCCUGGAGCUCAUCACGUAAUAUUUUGUCUGUCUUGCUUUGUCUCUCUUCCCUCAGUCCCUUCUCAUGAAAUCUGUGGGGAAGGGCAUUUUGUGUUGGUGGAUCAUUGAAAAGACCUAAGAGAAAUGCACAAUCCUUUUCUCCCAGAGGUACCAAUUCUACCUCACAGAGAAGUCUCCACACUAAAGCCCAUCAGAGUGAGAUUGGAGCAAUGCAAGAGGGGCAGGAGCUUUUACCCCACAGUGCCCUUCCUUACCCCAGACAGAGUAACCACAUCUUAGCCUUUGUUAUCUGAAACCAAAGAAUCCUGGGAGAAAUCCAUGUGUUGUUACCUGACAGUUGCUAAGUCGAGAGCCUCUUAAAAUGUCCCGUAAGAUGUUAAGGAGAAAAGCAUUCUUAGGGAAAAUGUGAGUGGAGCAGGAAUGCUUUUUAUUGCUUAGGCCCUGGAAGAAACAGCCUGAAAAAUUGUCCAUCUUCUUGUUAGGGAGCAACGAGGACCCAAGGCCCCAAUUAACAUCUCAUUUGAGAUAUAGCAUAUUGUCAUUUAGGCAAUCUUGUAUUUAAAUCUCCAGAAUAACUGGCCAUUAGACAUGAUUGCUGAGUGACCCUUGUAGGCUGAAAGGGAAAUAUGUCAUAUUUAAACUCUUAGUCAACAAAUUUGAAAAUACACAAUACCAACACUAUUUUGUAGCGUAGCCUUUUAAGGAUUUUUGACAUUGUUUUGUAGUCAUUCCUUGCUGGAUUAAGAAAACUACUAGCACUGUUCCAUAAUUGCUUUGACAGCUUGAUUCCUGGUAGCAGGAAUUAGGAGGAUCCCAUUUUGGGGAACCCCUUCUUUUGAAGCCUGAGAGGCAACUGAGUGAAGUUCUAUGAAGACCUCCUCUUCAUCCAGUACAGAUCCAAGUUAAAUCCUCGAGGGCUGGUGUCUCCAGAUGUCCCAGGAAACACAGACCAUGAUUUCCAUAAUUCAAUAGGAAUAGUUACAAAAAAUUGUCAAAGACCGCUGCCAGUAUUUUCAUCAAGUAUUUAUUGAUGACUCACAUUACUGUAUUUCUACUGAUCUUGUAACCCAAGACUGCAAAUUGGGGAACAGUCCUAAGACAUUUCUUUGAACUCCCAAGUUUUCUUCAGUCUUAACAAAUCCAUGAAAGGAGAUUUGGCGGUGCAGACACUGAAAUCCAGCCUGAAGUAACAGUGUCAUGUUCUGAGUCUGCUUGCCCCAUUGAAAGCUGUGUGGCUGCAGGAGCUGCAGCAGGCUGACCACUCUGACUUAGCUGGAUGCAGUCAUGAUGCUCAGGAGAAGUGACUGCAGAAGGAUUGAUGUGGAAGGAUGAUAUGGGAGCAGGCGUCACGAGGAUCAAAUGUGAAUCUUCUUACACGCAGAAAUGGAUUCAUUUAAAAGUGGACCAAACUAUUUACAUUAUUAACAGGUAUCUUAGCCAGGUCUUAAAUUUUUUUUCCUGGUUAAUCUAGAAUCAUAUACAGUGAAGAGGGAAAAAGUUAACAAGAAUGACAGGCCUGUUGAAAUCUCAGCUAGAUGACCAUGACCUUGAAUAAGCCCCACAUCCUCACUAUAUCAUGGAGUUGCAGUGAGGUGCCCAGCCCAGAGCGAGCAGGCCACCAGUGGGGAUUAACAUGAUGGUAAUAACAACAGACAAGACUUUAAAUCCUAAGCCAAACAUUUGUACUCUUUGGACUUGUUUCAUUGUCAGUUUCUAAAUGAACUAAUCUACUUGCAAAUGAACCACUUUUGGCACAUGAGCCCUCAUGUGAUUAAUAAUGUGUUGUUGUUGUUUGCUUUAAAAACCAGGAAAUUGUGGUUAUUUUCAGUGUGUUCUAAAAGCUAGUAGGCCUGAUCCUUCUCGAGGCCUCCAUUUAUUUAAGCUGUGUCGUUAAAUGAACUAUCCUGAGUUGCUCGAUUGCUCAAGUGCUUCUCAUUUUCUCUUUAUAAUAAGGAGCCAGAGUGACUUCCUGCAACAGUAUUUUAGAAGCCUUCCAACAACUCGGAAGACCAAAUUAGAUGGAUCAUAUUCCAUUCCAGAAAUCAAGGAGGUGGAAAAGUAAGCGCGAGGGAUCAGACUCUGGCAAUCGACCCAUCAAGGCUGCCGGGAAAGUCAUCAUCCAAGAUGUUUCAUGCCUCCUUCCUGUUCACAAAUCACUGGGAGAACUGUACAUAUUGAAUGUGAAUGAUAUUCAGGAAACAUGUCAGAAGAACGCUGCUUCAGCCAUGCUUGUUGGAAGAAAGGAUCUUGUCCAGGUGUGGUCGCUGGCUACAGUAGCUACAGAUCUUUGCCUUGGUCCGAAGUCUGACCCAGAUUUGGAAACACCCUGGGCUCGGCAUCCAUUUGGGCGACAGCUACUGGAGUCCCUGUAGGUUUUGAGAGCUAAAAGUGAGAAAAAUGAAUGAUGUCGAUUUUUGGUCUGUAAACACAUUAAAUGUUAUUGCCUCAGGGAAAGUUGCAGGGCUGGGGGUAUAGCUCAGUUAGUAGAGUGCUUGUCUCUCAAGCCCAAGGCCUUGGGUUCAACCAAAAAACAAAAAUCAAAAAAAAAAAGAAAGUUUUAGAGGCCUAAGAAAUGAGAGGAAAAAGUAGGAUCUUUCCUUUCAGUGCUGAAAUUACCUCUGUACAGAAUGAAUUUCUUACAGCAAAAGGUACUAUAUAGUAUUUGUCACUUAUAACAAGGAUUAGAGACGCCUGAAGACACGUGCUUUAGUCUAUGAAUCACGUCUGUGUGAACCCAGAUCUUCUUAGAUGCUGUGGGGUCUGGCCCCAGGGAAGAGAUAAGAGAAUGGUGUGUCUGUAUUUAUUUUCCCAACACUGGGCGCUUUCACACUGUUGGGCAACACAUAGAAACAUUGAAUUUGUGUUUAAUUUAUUACACUGAUAUAUGGCAAGCUAGAAUUAUAAGAUAUAAAAUAAUUUACCACGGAGCAAAAUGGCUUGAAUGUCCAUAAUGUUGACGCCUAGUCCCAGGCAAGGGAACUCCACUUCCGCAGGUUGAGGAGGGCUUUAUUUACCUGUUGAGGCCAGACCUGGGACACCUGCUCGUGCGCUCCCACUGCCUUAUCAUCCACACAGGGAUGGUAACAUUUGUUCUACUUACUUGAGGUAAGCCUUCUGAAAGAUAGUAUAAAACAAUUUAAAAAGUUCAAAACUGAGUGCUAGGAAGGUGUACUAUUCCAUCCCAGGGGCAAAGUCCCUCUGAGCCCUAGCUCACGUUCUAGGGUAGGGUAGUCCCAAAAGACAAAGGGAACAGGAAUACCUAAAAGGUAAAAUAUUUAUUCCUUGUCAUUCUUAUUUAAUAGCUCCUAGUCACAAGUCCACCUCCAGAGUCAGUGGCCUUUCCACCAUACUAUGGCAGUAGGGCGUUUCUGGGCACCUUCUGUAGCUUCACACUGUAUGAAUGAGCAACAUGGGAAGUGCCCCCAAAGCAGUGAGAUUCUUCCUCAGAGUUGGGGAGCCUGAGGAGGCGCA